CAACAUUCACAAGUUUUUAACGCGAAUAAGGCAGAUGGUUUUAAAGUUCCUUUUUUUAAUUGUAACAGUUGGCUAUUAUGCCAACGUGGAAAGUGGUCAUGUUCCGGGACGAGAAGGAAAAUGUGAAUUCAUAAAUGAAUCAAAUUCAAUGUUGGGUAAUGUUUACUCAUGCAAGAUUAAAAAUGCAGUUUUACAUAAAGAUGAAAAGUUUACAAUAACGGGACCUCAUCCGUCAAAAGGAAGAAGAGAUAUGGGAGUGAAAUUUGUUGAGUUUUCAUCGUCAAACAUAUCCCGCAUUCCAAAUCAAGUGUUCCGUAAAUUUCCCAAUUUGGAAUAUUUGAGCAUGAAUGGUGUUGGAUUGAGAAUUUUCAAUGAAUUGCCGCAUGCAACAGAGCUCAAAGUUCUACUUGCAAAUAAUAACCAAAUAACGAAGUUUGAUGCCAACACAUUCGAAUAUGCAAAAGCAUUGAUGAUUUUGAGUUUCCGUAAGAAUCAAAUCAGCACAAUUGAUGCGAAAACGUUCAUCAACCUCAGCCAUUUAGAAGAUUUAUAUUUGUCGGACAAUAAAAUUGCUGCACUUCAUAUGAACACUUUCAAUCCACUCAUCAGUUUACAAAUUCUGUCACUGUCUGGUAAUCAACUUCAAUCAAUUGAUUUGGAACUAUUCCAAUCGAAUCGUCAGUUACGAGAAGUUUUACUUUAUGAUAAUAAACUCAAAGCUAUACAUCCACAAGCGUUCAGUAAUAUGGAAAGUUUAUUCAAUCUCGAGUUACACGGCAACGAAUGCAUCGACAUAGAUUCCAGAAUUGACGAGGACGAUUUUCAAGAAAAAAUUAACAACGAUCUGAAAAGUUGCUUCGAGAAAUAUCCAGCAAAAGAAUAAAAAAAAAACUUUUUCAUUUCGUUCGUGUCGGUUCUGCAUAUUCCUUCAAUACUUUAUUAUUAAAUCUACCAUCAGUUUUGUAAAAUUUCUAUAUCCUAUAUACAUACAUACAAUUGCUACAAACUACAAGAUACAUUGGUUUGUCAGAGUUGGAAUCUAGAUAGAGUAUGCUGUGGUGUCGCAGGAUACUAGAAUCCAGGGUAUCGCCGGUUAGAGUUGCUAGCACGCGAGUUCUAUUCCUAAUAGAGAGAUCUUUGACUUCAUCAUUACUAAGACUCACGACAUUUCAUCUAGGAAGUUUAUUGCAUAUAUAUGACACUGUGUGAUUAGUCUUGUGGCAGAAAAAGUUAUUAUCUAGAUUGUGAGUCGGUGUCUUAGAAGUUAACAUUUGAUUAUCCUAAUGUAGCAACCCUUACCCGAAUAAAGUCCUGAUAUAAUCCUUAGAUAAAUUUUUAGAAACCCAAUAGCUGCAAGUAUCAGAAAA